AUGGCUACUGAAUCGUCGAGCACUGACACGACUACUGAAUCAACAACUAUUGACACAACAGCCACACCUACAACGCCCACAACGACUACUGUUACAAUUACUGAUACAACAUCCUAUGGUACAACGACAACUGAUACGACUACUGUUGCAAUCACUGAUGCAACACCCACUGAUACAACGACUACUGUUACAAUCACUGAUACAACGCCUACUGUUACAGUAACAACCACUGAUACAACGUUCAUUGAUACAACACCCACGGAUACAAUGAUAACUGUUACAGGAACAACCGUUGAUUCAACGAUUACUGAUACAACACCCACUGUUACAGUAACUACUACUGAUACAACACCCACGUAUACAACGAAUACUAUUAUAUUAACAACCACUGAUUCAACGAUCACUGAUACAACACCCACUGAUACUACGACCACAGAUACAACAACUACUGUUAUAAUCACUGAUACAACACCUAUUGUUACAGUAACUACUACUGAUACUACGAUCACUGACUCAACGACUACUGUUACGAUCACUGAUACAACUCCCACAGACUCAACAGCUACUGUUACAGAAACAACCACUGAUUCAAUGAUCACUGAUACAACACCCACUGAAACAACAACUACUGCUACAAUCACUGAUGUAACGCCCAUUGAUACAACAUCAACUGACACAACGACUACUAUUACAAUCACUGAUACAACACCCACCGGUACAACAACAAUUGAUACAACACCUACUGUAACAAUAACUACUACUGAUACAACACCCACGGAUACAACGACUACUGUUACAGUAACAACCACUGAUACAACACCCACUGACACAACGAACAUUCAUACAACGACUACUGUUACAAUCACUGAUCUACCACCCACUGAUACAACAACAACUGAUACAACGCCUACUGUUAUAGUAACUACUACUGACACAACGAUCACUGAUACAACACCCACAGAAUCAACGACUACAGUUACAGUAACAACUACUGAUCCAACGAUCACUGGUACAACACCCACUGAUACAACGACUACGGUUAUAAUCACUGAUUCAACACCCAUAGAUACAACGCCUACUGUUACAGUAACUAAUACUGAUACAACACCUAUUGAUACAACGCCUACUGUUAUAGUAACUACUACUGACACAACGAUCACUGAUACAACACCCACAGAAUCAACGACUACAGUUACAGUAACAACAACUGAUCCAUCGAUCACUGAUACAAAACCCACUGAUACAACGACUACGGUUACAGUAACUAAUACUGAUACAACACCCAUUGAUACAACGCCUACUGUUAUAGUAACUACUACUGACACAACGAUCACUGAUACAACACCCACAGAAUCAACGACUACAGUUACAGUAACAACAACUGAUACAACACCCACUGAUACAACGACUACGGUUACGGUAACUAAUACUGAUACAACACCCAUUGAUACAACGCCUACUGUUAUAGUAACUACUACUGACACAACGAUCACUGAUUCAACACCCACAGAUACAACGCCUACUGUUACAGUAAGUAAUACUGAUACUACGUUCACUGAUACAACACCCACUGAUACAACAACAACUGAUACAACGCCUACUGUUAUAGUAACUAUUACUGACACAACGAUCAUUGAUACAACACCCACAGAAUCAACGACUACAGUUACAGUAACAACAACUGAUCCAACGAUCACUGAUACAACACCCACUGAUACAACGACUACAGUUAUAAUCACUGAUUCAACACAUAUAGAUACAACGCCUACUGUUACAGUAUCUGGUACUGAUAGUACGAUCACUGAUACAACGACUGCUGUUACAUUAACAACCACUGAUACAACACCCACUGAUAUAACGGUUCCUGUUACAGUAUCUUCUACUGAAACAACGACCACUGAUACUACGCCCACUUAUACAACGACCACGGAUACAACCCCCACUGAUACAACAACAACGGAAUCGUUGACUUCUGAUACAACCACUACUGAAUCGACAACUACUGCCACAAUGGAAAUAACUCCUGAAACUGACGCGACAGAACCAACAACAAUUUUACCUGUAGAUGACGACGAGGGUUUCUGGACGCCACUAGCAAUAUCUUUAGUAACAUUAGGAUCAGCAGCUGCUGUCUGUGGGAUAGGUUAUGGAAUAUAUAAGCUAUAUCCUACAGCAGUUUCACAAGAUAUACCUCCAGUAAAAUUGAACAAUGAAAAUGAUAAUCAACCGCAGUUGGUAUCGAUGCCUAAAAUUCGAAUGAGAAGUAUUGAGGACGGUCUUGUCUAA